AUGGAAAAGACCAAUGAUUCCAUGUUGACAGAAUUUGUACUGGUGGGGCUUUCUGACCACCCAAAGCUCCAGACGGCUUUCUUUGUGCUUGUUUUGUGGAUGUACCUGAUGAUUCUGCUUGGAAAUGGAGUCCUUAUCUCAGUUAUCAUCUAUGACUCUCACCUGCACACCCCCAUGUAUUUCUUCCUCUGUAAUCUUUCCUUCUUGGACAUUUGCUACACGAGUUCCUCUGUCCCACUAAUUCUUGACAGCUUUCUGACACUAAGGAAAAGGGUUUCCUUCUCUGGAUGUAUGGUGCAAAUGUUCCUCUCCUUUGCCAUGGGGGCAACAGAAUGUGUGCUCCUGGGCAUGAUGGCACUGGACCGCUAUGUUGCCAUCUGCUACCCACUGAGAUACCCUGUCAUCAUGAGCAAGGCUGCCUAUGUGCCCAUGGCAGCUGGAUCCUGGGUCACUGGGCUUGUUGACUCAGUGGUCCAGGCAUCUCUAGCAAUGCAGUUACCAUUCUGUGCUAACAAUGUCAUUAGCCAUUUUGUCUGUGAAAUUCUGGCUAUCCUGAAACUGGCUUGUGCUGAUAUUUCAAUCAACAUGAUUAGCAUGGCAGGGUCAAAUCUGGUUUUUCUGGUUAUUCCAUUGCUAGUUAUUUCCAUCUCUUACAUUUUUAUUAUUGCCACCAUUUUGAGGAUCCCUUCUGCUGAAGGAAAACGUAAGGCCUUCUCCACCUGCUCAGCCCACCUGACAGUGGUGAUUAUAUUCUAUGGAACCAUCUUCUUCAUGUAUGCGAAGCCCAAGUCUAAAACCUCGGUUGGUCCAGAAAACCAAGACAUCAUCGAGGCUCUCAUCUCCCUCUUUUAUGGCGUGAUGACCCCCAUGCUUAAUCCUCUCAUCUAUAGUCUGCGAAACAAGGAUGUAAAGGCUGCUGUUAAGACCAUGCUGUGUAGGAAAAGCUUUUCCGAUGGAAUAUGA